UCACCAGACCAAAUUGGAAAGAAGAAACUUUGGUUUCAUUUUUAGGAGGAAACGAAAGUCUGAAAAAUCACCAUGUAAUUGAACCUGCCCAAAGCCAUAAAAUCUCUUGCACUCUUUCAAACCCAGAGCAGAAAAGGCGGAGAUCCUUUACAGAAGGCCACUUAGUCAUUUUGUCCCAAGGCUGAGAGGAGGAGUUUACACUGAAAUUGUAAUUGACAUCAAGAGCAGAAGACUGUCUGGAAGAUGAAAAUAUUAUUAUUGAUUGCAACGAACUUUCUUUGGGUGACUGCAUAUCCAAGAGAUACUAGUCCCCUGGCAAAAUGUUUCCAAGAUAAAGACUACAACGGUCUGCUAAAAAUAGCAGAAAGAGGUCUAGAGAAGACGUCAAAACCUAAACGUGUAUUGAUUGUUGGGGCAGGAAUCGCUGGGUUAACUGCAGCGAAGGUUCUAGAAGAUGCAGGGCACAAGGUUAUAUUACUGGAAGCCAGUAGUCGUAUAGGAGGACGGGUACUUACUUACAGGAAUAAAACUGGAUGGUAUGCUGAAUUAGGAGCAAUGAGAAUUCCUGAUUACCACAAGAUUGUCAUGACGUACAUAAAGAAGUUUCACCUUGACGUCUCUGAGUUUGUUCAGUACAAUGGAAAUACAUGGAUUGCUGCAAAUAACAUUCUUAAAAGAACUUAUGCUGUAAAUGAGAAUCCUGACCUGUUGGAUUACAAGGUGAAAAAAUCUGAAAAAAGAAAAUCUCCUGAUCAGCUUUUUCAAGAUAGCUUGACUCAGUUUUUAGAGGACUUCAAGGCUAGCAACUACAGCUGUGAGAAAGUGAUGGACAUGUAUGAUUCCCACACUGUCAAGGAAUACUUCAUUAAGAAAUCCAAUCUGAGCUGGGAAGCUAUCAGAAUGAUUGGAGAUUUGCUGAACAUGCAGAGCUUUAUGUUUCUGUCAUUCCCUGAAAUGCUGCAAAUUCAAUACGAUAUCAAUGACACCGUCAGGUACCACGAGAUUGUUGGAGGUUUUGACAAUCUCCCAAGAGCAUUCUACCAACAGCUUUUUAGCCCUAUUUAUUAUGAUUCCAAAGUGGUGAACGUGUCACACAAUAAACAUGGGGGGUCUGUAUUAUUUUGGCAACAGCAGGAACAGCAUAAUAUCAGUGCUGACUACAUACUUCUCACUCCAACUGCCAAAGCUCUCCAGAUGGUAGAAUUCCAACCUCCACUUUCAACUAAAAAGUUUGAAGCUAUCAAGAACAUUCAUUAUUCUGGUUCUACAAAGAUUUAUUUAUACUUUAAUGUUCGUUUUUGGGAGGAUGAUGGAAUUUUUGGAGGCAAGUCGAUAACAGAUCACCCCUCUCGAUUCAUCUACUACCCUAGCCAUGUAUUUAAAAAUGUAAAUGGUGGAGUGAUCUUGGCUUCUUAUACUUGGUCAGACGAAGCCAAGCUAUUUGAUGGUUUAAGUGACGAAGAUUGCAUGAAUGCAGCUGCAAAUGAUCUUGCUAGGAUCCAUGGUCACGAUAAAGUUUUUAAAUACUGGGACAGAUCUGGGAUUGUGAAGAAAUGGAGCCAGGAUCCAUACAGCCUUGGAGCAUUUGCAGCUUUCACUCCAUUUCAAAUGACAGAUUAUGCAGCAGAACUAACUAAAAAUGAAGGAAGAAUUUAUUUUGCAGGAGAGCAUGUGGCUUAUCCGCAUGGAUGGAUAGAAACAGCCAUGAAAUCUGCUUUAAGGGCUGCUAAGAAAAUCCACGAAUCCUGAAAAGGAAACAGAAAAAACUAAAUUAUUUUAUACCAUGCUUUAGAUUGUUAAAGUUUUCUGGGCACACAUUUAUCAAGCAGUGAUUAAGUACUAAAAUGUGCUAUUUUUGCUCCAUUUAUAGUAACCUAUGGAGUACACUAGGAGGUACAUUACUUACAUAAAUGAGAAAACUAUGUCCUAAGUGGUCUUCUCUCAUGAGAAGUUCCUCACAGUCCUAAACAACUGCAAAGGGAAUCAAAUUGUCUUGGGUUUAACCUUCAUGCACUCACUAGUUAUAUAAAUUGCCUGCCUUAACUAGAGCAUUUCAGUGUCAGAUCCUGAAGUCUAGUUCCAUCACUUCUGACCUAUAGUUGUGUUAGUGCAAGAUACUCAAGCUUGUGACUACUUAUCGAUGCUAUGUUGAGUAGAACAAAAGAUACCCCUUCUUGAUUGAUAAUAAGCUGAAGGAAUCUAUAUUACAGUUUUGAGAAAAAAACAAACUGCAUAAUUGUCCUCAGUAAUAGUGUAUCUUAAAAUGAACUAACUGAAUUAUAUCAAAUUAAUUGCCCACAUAUACAGAGCUCAAUUACGUAGAGACCAUGUGCUUAAUAUAAAGUGCUAGUGCAUAAAUAAAGUCAAUUCAUUAACCUCUCCUCAUAAGAGUUAAAGUGACUGUAUUGAUAAACGUAGUUGAAGGUUAAUUAUGAUUUGUGUUUCCUUAACAAUUAAUUAACAACAAUGAUUGCAACUUAAUAUAGAAGGGGUUAACUAAUGACCCAUUAAUUCACAAUAAAGUGAGUGUGCCAAUUAAUAAAAUCAAAAUUCAUCCAGUUAAAUUACUAUCAUUGCUCAGAUUUCAUAGAUAAGUAGGAGAUUGAAAUAAAAGCAGGUGGAGAAGUCCCGUAGAACCUAACUGGUACUUUGCUACCUUGUGACCCCACAAAGAUGGAGAAGUCAGCGCUUCUGUGAAUGUGGCCUCAAAGUUACCUUGUCUAUCUGGUAUAAGGAACUAACUUUCCUAUAAAACCACAAAUCACAGGGGGCUUAAGAAAACAGAAUGACUAGAGAAGUAGUUGUGAUUUCUGAGCAAGAAGAAAAAGAGAUCAACGUUUAUGCGGAUUCCCUUAAAAACACCCCCAAGGUUUGGUUAAAAUGGUAUUAACCGAUUCUAUUUAAAAAGUCGUGCCGUACUUAUCGAUGCUAACAAAUGUGGUGUGGUCAAAGAGAUGAAGUGGCACCACCAGGCUCUAAUAAGAAUUAAAAUAUCUUCUGAAAGUGAGAAUUACAAGCUAUUUUACUAUUGCAGGAUUUGCUUCUUUAGUACAAGUAUGGGAUCCAUUAUCUGGAACUGGGGUUUUCCGGAGAUAAGGAAUCUUUAACAUUAAAU